UGCCUGACCCUUUGGGCUCGUCGUCUCUCCCGCACCAGACCUCUUCUCUCCUGGCAUUCGCAAGUCGCAACCAUUGAACCAUAUAAUACCCAGACACCUAGUUUGGUUCAGCACAGCAAACACUCGACCUCCCACUCCCGGCGCGUAGCACCGCACGCACUGCGAAGUUAUUAGCUACACACACGGACACACGAUGGCCUGCGCCUUCUUCUUCGACGCCGAGCCGGUCGGCGAGCCCGGCGUGCACGCCCUGGACGCGUGCGCGCUCUGCACCAAGCCGCUAGCAAGGGACAGCGACAUCUUCAUGUACAAGGGGGACACGCCCUUCUGCAGCGACGACUGCCGACACGAGCAGAUGCAGCUCGACGCCGCCUGCGCCAGGCAGGCGGCCAGGGCGUGCACGCCGGGAACGGGGUCAGGGCGUGCACGCCGGGAGUCAUGGGAGGUGCCCGUCGCGAGCUAACCGGUGACAGGGCGAAGCUGCCUACGCACUUGAGCCAACAAGAUCUGCGUGCACGAAGCCGCCGCUGCCCGUGUCCAACUGAUCAGCGCGGGAUCGAAGAGACUCUCCUUUGUUGAAGAAGCUAACCGCGGCCGGGUCAUCGGAGUUGCUCACGGCAGGCCGGCGCUCCACGGGCCGGCGGUCAAAUGAUUUGGCAUAAACGCAGCGGAAAAAGAGCUGGAGUGGAUCUGAAGAAGCCAUUCAAUCAAGAUUCCCUCAGCUCUCUCCUUUUUUUUCUUCGUUAAUAUUAGUUCUGUAUGAGAGCGAAUUUGCAGUGGCACUUUCACUGGGUAAACUAUCAAGCGAAUUGGCAUAUAACAUGCCUUUCUGCAA